AUUCAUUCUGUUGUUAAGAUAUGCGUUUCUCUCUCGCUUCUGUGCUGCUAGGCGCGAGUGCAGUCUCAGCUCAAUCGCUGCUGGGACUGCCGCUGGAUAUAGCUACGCUACUGUCAAGCUUGAAGCCCGCUGCGGAUAACGACCCGCGAUUUACGGAUUUCCAUCCUCCAGGCACUGGCGAUGUGCGCUCGCCAUGUCCAGCUCUAAACAGCCCUUGCUAACCACGGUUUCAUCCACUCACGACGGCAAGAAAAUGACCAUCCUCACAUCUCAUCAAAGGCCUCGCCGAAGGCAUGAACAUCGGCGCAGACUUCACGACCGCCAUCGGCGCCGCCGGCCUCCUCUCCUCCCCCUUCCCCCUCGGCGGCUCCUUCGACCUCGACGAUUUAAACAUGCACAACUUCCCUAUAGAGCACGACGCGUCGAUAUCCCGACAGGACGCCGCGCUCGGCAAUCCCCAGCCCUUCUACAACCCCAACUGGCAGCAGUACAUCUCCUUCUUCAGCGGCAAGACGCUAACCGAUAUACCGACGGCCGCACAGGCCAAGUUCGCGCGGUACCAGGACAGUGUGAGCAAGAACAAGGAGUUUGUGUAUGGGAUUCGCGAGGCGGUGUUGAGUUAUGGGGAGAACGCGUUGUAUUUGCAGGGCAUGGCGGAUCCGAUAUCCGGCAAGGCGAAGGUCGAGUACGUGAGGACGUUCUUCGAGCAGGAGAAGUUGCCGUAUGCGCAGGGAUGGAGGCCGAGUCCGGCGCCGAUCACGCUGGCGAGUUUGGGAAUUAUGAUUGGGGAGCUGUCUGCUUCGAGCCCGGAGCCGUUUGCUGAAGGGGUCAGGGUUUUGGACGGAUUCGUAUAAGGAUGUAUUGAUAGCCACUGUUGGUGGAUCGAAGAUUUUGGCAAACCUUACUGAGGGUAUUAGCUCUGCGCUUGGACUGUAAAUAGCAGGCAGUACAAGGAAAAAUGGCGAAUAAUUCUUUCA